AUGUCCGCGACGCGAGAAUCGACGGACGCCGAGCGCGCGCAGACGAACGACGAUGGAUUCGAGUCCUCGGACGACGAGCAAUACGUCGUGAAGCCCAUCGACGUGUCGACGAUGUCGAUCAGCGAGCGACGCGCGCAGCGGUUCAAGGAUUGCUUUUGGGAUCUCGAGGCGAAGCUCGCGCGGUGGUUCGGCUUGGAGGACUCGCGAUACGAAUUCGAGCUGAGCGUGCGAGAAGAGGAAGACGAGCGCGCGGCGGCGGAGGCGGCGAGGGAGGAGGCGAAGAAAGACGCGGCGGCGCGCGCGGCGGAGGACGGGACGACGGCGUGA